UUUCGCACUAGACAAGUUGAGAGUCAAAGAGGAUUACUUGUCUGCUAUAAACUAAGACAAAUCCAACAAAACAAGCAAAGUUCGAGGUCAUUCAUCGGAAUUGCAGAGUUCUGUUUCGCUCCGACGUUCUCAGGAGAAAAUAUAAAACGGGCAAUUGCUUAGUUCAGGAUCCUCUUCCUCUUUCAAUGAUCGAAACUAGAUCAUGUGGCGAGAGGAAAUUAGAUUCAUAUGCUGUUGUUGGCUGCUGAUUCUUGUUUCAGGUCAGUCCCUGGACAAGGACAAGCAGGUUCUGCUUGAUCUGAAGACCCAUCUCCUGGACAAGAAUCGCAUACGCCAAGGCCCCUACGCUCGCUGGAACCAGUCCGAUCCCUUGCCUUGCAACUGGACUGGCAUCGCCUGCGACCAUGCAGACCGUCGUGUGGUCCGCAUCGACCUCAGAGAAUCCAACAUCUCCGGCGACAUCUUCGCGAACUUCUCCCUUCUCACUGAGCUCGCCCACCUCGACCUUUCGUCGAACACCAUCGGUGGUAUCAUCCCUGCCGACCUCAGCAGAUGCAGCCGUCUCACCUACCUCAACCUCUCAAACAACCUCAUCGAGGCGGGCUUCGACCUCGCCGCCCUCACCAAUCUGGUCACCCUCGACCUCACGCACAACCGGCUCAACGGCAGCAUCCGCCACAAUUUCCCUGCACUGUGCAGCAAUCUGGUCAGCCUCAAUAUUUCCGCAAACCGCUUUACGGGAGACAUCACCGGAUGCUUUGACCAGUGCGCCGGCCUCAAGUACCUCGACCUGAGUUCCAACCACUUCAUCGGGCAGGUGUGGCAUGGCUUCGCCAGCCUCCGGGAGUUCUCCGUCUCCGAGAACAACCUCACCGGAGAAUUUGCCUUCACAUCCAGCUGCGACCUCGAAAUCUUGGACCUUUCGGCCAACAAUUUUUCGGGGGCAUUUCCGAGCUCCAUCGCGAAUUGCUCGAAGUUGACAUCUUUGAACCUGUGGGGGAAUGAGUUCGCCGGGCCUGUUCCCUCCGGCAUCGGAUCUCUCUCGGAGCUUGAGAUACUUAACUUGGGGAAGAAUCAGUUCGACUCUGAUAUCCCUGAGGAGUUGCUGAAUUGCCCCAAAUUGGUGUUUCUCGACUUCAGCAAGUGCAACUUCAGCGGCGAUAUCCAAGAAAUCUUCGGCCGGUUCAAGACGGUGAACUAUUUGAUCCUCCAAGGGAAUUCAUACACCGGAGGCAUCGAAUCGUCGGGGAUUCUGUCGCUUCCCGACCUCGUCAGACUCGACUUGAGCUCGAAUCUCUUCUCGGGCCAAAUCCCGGUGGCGAUCACGGCAAUGCCCAAGGUUAAGAUCCUCAUUCUUGCAAACAAUUACUUCUCCGGUAACAUCCCGCCGGAGAUUGGAAGGAUGACCCAGCUUCAGCUGCUGGAUCUGUCGUACAACAAUCUCACCGGCGAGAUCCCUUGGGCUGUCGGUAAUUUGACAUCCCUCCUCUGGUUGAUGGUGGCAAACAACAACCUUAGCGGUGUGAUACCCCCCGCCAUAGGCAACUGCAAAAGCUUACUGUGGCUGAACCUCGCCAACAAUCGGCUUUCCGGUUCGAUUCCUCCUGAGAUAACAACGAUCGGGAGCGAUCCAUUCUCGACGUUUGACAGUAAUCGCCGGGAGAUGGCGGGAGCCGUCGCCGGAUCAGGAGAGUGUCUGGCAAUGAAACGGUGGAUCCCGGCCAGUUAUCCUCCUUUCAACUUCGUCUACGUGCUGAUGACGAGAAGCACCUGCCGGACUAUUUGGGAUCGUCUCCUGAAGGGUUACGGGAUCUUCCCCAUCUGCACCAACUCAUCGUCCCGGUAUCAAAGCUUAGCCAUCUCGGGCUAUCUACAGUUGUCCGGCAACCAGUUGUCCGGUGCCAUCCCGCAGGAGAUCGGGAAGAUGACGAGCCUAAGCCUGAUCCACCUUGAUGACAACAAUCUCUCUGGCCAACUCCCACCGCAGAUAAGUGAGCUGCCUCUCGUCGUCCUCAACGUCUCCGACAACAUGUUGUCGGGUGAGAUCCCAUCGGAGAUCGGGUCUUUACAGUGCCUCUCUAGUCUGGACCUCUCGCGAAAUAAUUUAUCCGGCAAGCUGCCCGAGAGUCUGAAUGGUCUCUCCGAGCUGAACAAGUUCAACGUCUCCCACAAUCCUCUCCUCUCCGGCGAGAUUCCUAUCACCGGCCAGCUUGCAACCUUUGAACAUGACUCCUUCAUCGGCGAUCCCCUCAUUAGCUUUGCCGCAUCGGCCCGCGGAGCGCCGCUGCCACCCACUAGCCGUGGUAUUGCCCAUGGAAGUGGCCGACAUCGGAGGGUGGUUGCAUUUUGGGUAUUCCUUGGGGUCUGCUCAGCCUUCCUCGCGUGUGGCGUCUUCACCUCAGCGAUCUCCAUUUUAUGGGGAAGAAGUGUGGCAGUAGACCCAUAUGCUGAUCCGGAGGAGUUCGACCCGGAAGGAGUUCUACUGGAUGGCAUCAAACGCCGGAGUGAUGCGGCCGGAUCAUCGUCAACCACAACUGUCUUAUCUUCGUCGGCGGCGUCAAAUUGCGCCGCUGUCGACGGUGCGGUUAGGGUGUUCCCACUGGAAAAAGGAGAAAGGGAAUGCGCGUUCACUUACAAUGACAUAGUAGCAGCGACAAGGAAUUUCGACGAGCAGAUGGUGGUCGGGCGAGGAGGGCACGGGGUGGUGUACCGUGCGGUGCUGCCAGGGGGGCGACAAGUGGCAGUGAAGAAAUUGCAACGAAACGGGAGGGAGGAGAAGGAGGACAAAGGGGAGCGGGAGUUCCAAGCAGAGAUGGAGGUGAUGGCAGGGAGCGGCCACCCAAACCUGGUGACGUUGCACGGGUGGUGCCUGACGGGAACGACGCGACUGCUGGUGUACGAGUACAUGGAAGGAGGAACCCUGGAAGAAGUGAUCGAAGACCGGAAAGGGUUCGGGUGGGAGCGGCGGUUGGCGGCCGCGACGGGUGUAGCACGGGCGCUGGCAUUUCUACACCACGAGUGCACACCGGCAGUGGUGCACCGGGACGUGAAGGCGAGCAACGUGCUGCUGGAUGGGCAAGGGAACGCGCGGGUGACCGACUUCGGGCUGGCGCGCGCCGUGGCGGCGGGGAAUAGCCACGUGAGCACAGUGGUGGCGGGGACGGUCGGGUACGUGGCGCCGGAGUACGGGCACACGUGGAGGGCGACCACACGGGGGGAUGUAUACAGCUACGGCGUGCUAGCAAUGGAGCUGGCGACGGGCCGACGGGCACUGGAUGGUGGGGACGAAUGUCUGGUCGAGAGGGUGCGGCGGGCGGCGGCGGCGGCGACAGAGGAGGAACUAAGGCUGCACAUCGUAGGGGUGCAAGAGGGCGAGGGCACCAGGGUGAUGUUGGGCCUCCUGAAGGUUGGGCUUCGAUGCGCAGCCGAGGCACCGCAGAUGAGACCGAACAUGAUGGAGGUGCAAGAGAUGCUGCUGAGGGUAGGAGACAAAAGUGAAAGCGAGGGCGGUGCUUCUUCUCCAAAUUGGUCCCCCAAUGCAUCCUCCCCCUCUGCAUCAUCAGGGAAAAGCAAUUCGGAGAGAUUCUUUUCAUCGGAAGCAAGAUAGUGAUUUUUUUUUCCGAAUGCACAGAUUUUUUUUUUUUUUUUUUUUUUUUUGCUUUGAUACAAAAUUGUUAAUUUAAGAAACAUACAAAAGCUUUUUUAUUUUUAAAUU